AAACCACUCGAAACACCAACGUGAUAAAACAAAAGUGCCGCUCAGCUCAUCUUUGAAAUGUUUUAAAGACCUUGGAAAAUCGUUCAAAUUUGCAACACUAAUGAAACUUUCAAGGCCAAAACGGUUUUGUGUAACUUUUCGCAAAUUAAUGCAGAUUUUAAAAAAAAGAUUCGACGUACUGAGCAUAUCUCACCAAUUAAAGUUACUUCCUUGCCUUUAAAGCCAUUAACAGCAGGUUUUUAUAUUUAAAUAUUGACCGCUCGUUGAUCUGGUGCCUAUUUCAUUUGGUGCUGAUUUCAAAAUAACCUCAAAAAAGAAAGGUAAAACAGAGAGAAAUAAAUUAAAGUCCAAUUUUUUCAGAAAGACAAUCUUGCUUUAAUUAAAAACCGUGCAUUCUCACAAAGAUAUUUAAAAUAUGAUACUUUGAAAGACGCUGCCAGCUUUAUUAUCCCACAUAACGAUUUUUGAAUAUUAACUUGGAAAUAACCAAUCACAGCCUGCGAUAAUGUCUUGCAGACGAGCCGACGCUAUGCUUUCACGACGGAAAGAUAAUUUAAGUCGUACGAAACCUCGAACUGGUUAAGGGCUUCACAAAAUGCAAGCAUAAACUGCAGAUAUUAAUGGCCAAUCGAUCAAGUAACAAUAGACCUCCCAGUAAAAGAAGCUUUUUAAGAAUGCGGAUCGGCCUGUGAGAGAAGACGGUAAUUCUGUGAAUUGCGUUGGCAUAAGGACUUGGGAGAUUUUGUAAUUCAACAAAGAAAAGCUCCCUGACAGAUGGAGAUUGAUGAUAAGAGCGCUUUAUUUAAUCAGCUGUCAGCUCACGUUUAAAGGCACUACUACUCACAGAUUUCAUUUGAUUUGAAUACAAUCUCACUCAAGAUAGCAAACGAAAGGCGACUGAUUAACAGCCAUCAACGAUUCAUGACACCGAAGGCGAGAGACCAUGGCGAACGGAACAGCAACAAACGGCGAAAAAUCGGACUGGAGCGAAGGCAAAGCUGAGCUACACGUAAUCCUUCUCUGUACUGUAGUGCUUCUUAUAGCAGCAGUGAUUGUGGCCGGAAAUUCCUUAGUGAUUGCUUCAGUGGUGUCCAACAGAAGACUCCAAACGAAAACAAGCGCAUUUAUAACAAGUCUCGCUGUGGGUGAUCUUAUGAUCGGGCUGGUUGUGAUGCCGUUGAUUGUGGUCUCCAACACUGUUGGACCCAGUGUGGAACAUGGACUCGAGUACUGCCAUGUGACGAUCUCUCUGGCUGUGAUGCUUAUGUUUAAUUCGGUGGCAAAUCUCGGUGCUGUGACGUUUGAUCGCUUUUUAGCUGUAGUGGUUCCUCUUCGCUACAAAUCAAUCAUGACAAAACGAGUUAUUGUGCCUAUCAUAGCCUUCGUGUGGGUUUUUUCAACGGUAUUUGGAUUUAUCCCAUUCAUGGGAUGGCGUACUGUCAUUCAACCUAAACGUUCCUCAGGGUUAUUUUGUCAAGUGCCUCUAAAUCUUGCUCGAGGGUACAUUAUAACAGUUUGCGUUGUGGGACUCCUUCCAUCGAUUUUUGUCCUCGCAGCGUACAUCAAAAUCUUCCAAACUGCGUAUCACCACGAGCUACGGAUCGCAGCAGCCAUCAACAGCGUUCUUCGGAAUCAGAACGAUCUCAAACUCAACAUGAUUAAAGAAAUGAAGGCGGCAAAGAUGGUCGCUUUGGUUUUGGGGGCUUUUAUCUUCUCAUGGGCGCCUUUGUUUGUAAUCAUGAUUGUAGAUAUUGCGAUGAAGAACGCAGUGAACUCGUACAUUUAUGCGGGAGCGGUGAUCUUUGCCACUCUCCACUCAGCUCUGAAUCCAGUUAUUUACGCGUCCAUGAAUUCAGAAUUUAGAGACACCUUUAAAGCGUUGCUGCAAUGCCGGGGUGUCAACGUGAACAGAGUAGCCCCACUUGGUACAGUUUAAGGUUGCUCAAAAGCAGCGGGGAUCAACGGAACACGAUUAUGAUUUAAUGAAACCAACUGUUCUGCGAUUUCGUAAUUGUAGAUAC